AUGUCCCUCUACUACGACGCCUCCACAAUCUUAACAACCCCCUCCUCCACCGGCGGCUCCUUCAAAUCCCGCAUCUACAACUCCCGCAGCACCAACACCAACACAAAGGCUAGUCCCGCGCAAAUCUACGCGUUGAUCACGGAGACUGCGAAAUGGGAUGUCGUGCUUAAAGAAGUAAUCGAGCGCGCGGAGAUACUCAAGUUGGAAGCUAAGCUCACGCCCCUCCUCGCGCUGUUCCUGGUUCAUGAUCUUUUACUCUCGAAAAAGGGUAUCGCGGCAAAUAGUAAUCAUCCGCUGCGGUUAGCGAUUGAAAAGCACAAGACGAGGUUAAGGGGGGAGUUCAUUAAAGCCCGUGUGCGGAGGGGAUGCGCGUCAGUCGAGGAAUUGAAAACAGUCGUGCUCCGGGAGAAAAAAGCACAUAUCAAAGCUGAGAAUGGCGAUAAACCCAUCGCUGUGUAUCCGCGCUGGGUACGGGUAAAUACCGUGAAGACGACACUGGAGAAGCAAUUAGAGUCCACCUUCGCCGCAUACGAGAAGGUGGGAUCGUUGGCGGAGUUGGUUAGGGACGAAGACGACACCGAUGACCAGAAACGGGUGUAUGUUGAUCCGCAUAUCCCUGAUUUGCUUGCUGUGCCGCCGGGGGUCGAGUUUAUUGCCUCUCCGGCUUAUAAGAAUGGGGAGGUUAUCCUGCAGGAUAAAGCGUCUUGUUUUCCUGCAUACCUCCUAUCGGGUGAUACUCCGGAGUGGGAAGGCGAUUUGGUAGACGGGUGUGCAGCGCCGGGGAAUAAGACUACGCAUCUUGCCGCAUUGCUCUCGAAAAACGGAAUCAAAAACUCAAGGGUUAUCUCCAUGGACGCAUCCUCCGCACGCUCCAAAACACUCCAGAAAAUGGUCUCCGCGGCUGGUGCGGCGGAAAAUAUCGUGACCGUCCUCCCGGGACAGGACUUUUUGGCCAUCGAGCCCCAGUCCGAUGACCGCUUCGCCAAUGUCACCGGUCUCCUCCUCGACCCCAGCUGCUCAGGAAGUGGUAUCAUCGGCCGAGACGACGUGCCCCAACUCCUGCUGCCUCGUAUCCCCGAGACGAAAAGUCGCAAGAAUCAAGGGAAGAAGCGCAAGCGCGAUGAACCCCAUCCUGCACAAGCAAAAUCAACCCAGUCUACAACUCCGUCUACGACAGACGAAAACGACAUCCCCGCUACCGGUACCCUCGACAACGACCGUCUGACAAAACUGUCGAACCUGCAGGCGCGCAUCGUGGAACAUGCGCUUUCGUUUCCAGCUGCUACGCGCAUCACGUAUAGUACGUGUUCAAUCCACUUAACGGAGAACGAGUCCGUCGUGGAGCGCGUGGUCAACUCGGAUAUUGCGAAAAGGUGUGGGUGGAGGGUUCUGCGGAGGGAUGAGCAGCCAGUUGGUCUGAGGGGGUGGGGUCACCGGGGGGUUAAAAGUGAUCCUGGGAAUGAUAAGGAGAGGGUGGACUUGGGGGAGGAGGAGUUGGACGGGUGUCUGCGGUGUUGGCCUGGGGAUGAGGAGGGUGUUGGGGGUUUUUUCGUAGUUGGGUUUGUGAGGGAUGGUCAGGACGAUAUUGAGAAUGAUGGAGGGAAAGAUGAUGAAUGGGAGGGAUUCUCCGAUUGA